CAACAGCGUGCACUCAGACGGGUAUACUUACCUCUAAUAUACACAGGACGCAAAAGUCAUGCAUGCCCCAGGUCUGCAAAAAGCCGGUGCGCUUGCAGAACUACGACUCGAGUGUGUCCAUCACAGGAUGCGAUACAUAUUCUUGACAGUUCCCGUUUGCAAUCGAGUCGACGUUGUUUGCUCCCCGCUGCAAACGCACUCCCCAUCACCGGGCCGACCACCCCGCUCACACUUGUAACUACUUGUGCGGCAGUCUCACACCUACCAUCUGUGUGGAUCUGCCGUUGCCUUCACCUGUUUCGGGAAGCGGCUCAGAGUUUUAUCAUUUCAGCCGCUCAAAGGACAACAAUCCCGAGGCAAAGCGUCCCCCGGGGUCUCGAAUCACAGAUGUAUCGGGUUCUAAACGGCCCAUAACGGUUUGUAGGGCGGCGCGCUGGCAGAUGCGUGGGCGGACCUGAUACAGAACAGUGACCGGCGUAUGUAUGGCUUCUCACUGAUCAGAACCCAGCUGCUGCGACGGUGCGAUACGUGAUGCUCCCGCAAGGCGACUCGCCCCUUGUUUUCUAAGGAUGCCGGGACAAUCUUAAUCGGGAGUCAAAAUCUAGCAUUGACAUCUCACCGCCACAUCUAUUCCCAGUCUUGAUUACAACUGUCUAGUUCUUCAGCGCUUGGGUAUCUCUCAUCAGGCACGAUACAGGAUGCUUUCGGAAACUCAAUACAGAUCUCUUGUCCUUGAUGCAAGCCGGUGAACGUCCAGUUCACCUACCAUAUGUGCGACACGGCAGACCGCUUUGAUCGUUAUUGGUCGAGACUGUGCCUGCUGGGCACUUUUGUUUGUCCGUACGCAUCCAGCUGAAUGUGGAUAACCAAAAUGGGACUCCAGGAUAUAAAGGAGACAUCGACAUCCGUGUCCACUCACUUUCUAAUGGCAGACCAUAGCGAGAUGUUUCUCGUCGAAGCUAUCGAGAAUCGCAUCCCGGACCGUGCCGCUCUGGCGGCUAAGCUUCUCAUCCAGCACCGCGAAGUGAUUGUCGGCGAAGUCUCUGUGCAGAAUAUCAUGCAUGGCAUGCGCGGACUGGCGAGCAUCUUGUGGGAGGUCUCCGAAACAAGCGCUCUCGGGGUCAAAUACCACGGCAAGACCAUCCAGGAGCUGUCCGAAGAGUUGCCCAAGUGGCCGGGCUCAACUGAAAUGUCUCCCGAGGCUGUGACAUGGUUCCUCUACACCGCACGGGUGCCCAGCGAAUCUCAGCUCAAAGCCUUUGCGGCGGAUAUCGCUUCUCGUAAACUCUCGUCUGCAGCCGAAGCUUUCUGCGAUGCGCUUCCUCGGACAAUCCCUUCAGAGUCCCAGAUCAUAAUGGUUCUAGCGUUCUUGUCAGGAUCAUCCCAGUUUUCUGCAGCGCUUGCCAAGGGAGUGAGGAAGGAGGAUAUCUGGAAGCACACGCUUGAGGAUGCGCUCGACUUCAUGGCCAUGUUUCCUGCCAUUGUCGCCCGGGUUUACACCAACAUCCACGGCAUCGAGCGGCAGGGGACUCUCUCUGACGCCGAUCUUGCCCAGAACUUUGCUCGACAAAUCGGUCGGGGAGAAGACACAGAUUUCAUCGAGUUCAUCCGACUGUCGUGGUCUCUUUUCCAAGAUCACGGAGCGAAUGUCUCGGCCCAUGCGAUGCGUCUUGUGGGGUCUGCAUGGGCCGACACUCCACUCGCCAUUGCCUCUGGCUUGAUCGGGGGGACAGGGCCCCUCCACGCCAAGGCCAUCUCAGACUCGAUGAACUUCAACUUGGGCAUGCUCUCUGCGUUGGGACCGGACGCAUCCAAAGCCGAGAUCACUGCUUACGCCCGCAAGCAUCUGCUGGCAGGAAAGAUCAUUCCUGGGUACGGUCAUGCUCUCCUCCGGGUCGUUGACCCUCGACUUGUCAUCAUGGAGCGUUUCCUCGACAAUCAUCCGUCUGCUGAUCCCAAGGCUCGGCCAUUCUUGCAUCUGAUUCGACUCGCCAGCACAGUCGUCCCAGAUCUGCUCAAGGGCCGGGCUACCAACCCCCAUCCGAAUGCCGAUGCGCUGAGCGGGAGCAUUCUGUUUGCGUACGGGAUGAAGGCCGACUUUCUUCUUUCUUUCUUCGCGUGCAGCCGCGUGAUGGGGAGUCUUGCCCAACAGGUGUGGGAUCGAGCGCUGGGUCUUGCUAUGGAACGACCGCUUAGCGUGACGAUGGACGAGCUCUUGCUGAAGGUCCAAAGCCCCAAGCAAGACGUCGUGGCUCGGACCUCGCCAACCACCGCUUUAAUGCUCAGCUUCACCGGCAACUAUGUUUUCGUUGUGCGGAGAUGGGUCAAGUUAUGGCUAUGGAAGACCAGGAUGGUCAUGGGUAGAUGAACAGACUCUAGACUAGGUAUUUCUUGAACCAAUCCACAACUUGAUGUGCCGCUUUGUCCCGU